AAUGUUUAUAGAAAGCAGUCUUUGAACCUAGCAUCUCGAAAAAGUUGGGAGUGUUUAUCAGAUUUAAUUUUUAAUUUUUCAAAAACAAGUUAUUUAUCAGAACUAUAUACUUCUUUAUAUAUGCGCUAUACUAAUACUAGGCGGAAUGCAGGGAAUUCGUAAGUUGGCUGACAAACUCUUCACCCCCAACGAAAUUCGUCGUUUUCAGGCGUACAAGAAUCAUCUAAGUAAAAAGUAUCUCAGUGUGGAGGGACUAAAGUCCAGUUUCCAAAAACCAAUUUUGGGCAAACUAUUCAAUCGCCGUGUGUUUUCAUCAAACAAAGAAGCAUGUCCCGAUGAGCCAAAACCCAAACAGGAAUGUGACCCCAGUUGGGAUGAACUCUACCCACCUGGCCCGCCAUACGAACCACGUGACACACAUUUCUGGUAUCCAGAUCCUCAGUUCAUGAAUAAUCAGCAAUAUAUGGUCAUGUAUCCCGCUGGUGAUGAGUGGAAGAAACGACCAGGUUUUACUGGUAAAAAGAUUCCACCCGUUGAUCGAACUUUUCGCACUAAGUUCAUCAACUUUGGACCCGCCCAUCCCGCGGCCCAUGGAGUACUGCGGAUGAUUCUUGAGCUGGAUAAUGAGACAGUACUAAAUGCCGAUCCACACAUUGGUUUGCUGCAUCGGGGAACCGAGAAACUAAUCGAGUACAAGACCUAUACGCAGGCCUUGCCCUAUUUCGAUCGUUUGGAUUACGUUUCCUGCAUGGCCAAUGAGUUAGCCUAUGCCUUGGCCGUGGAGAAGCUGCUGAAUGUGGAGGUUCCUCGCAGGGCCAAGUACAUACGUACCAUGUUCUCGGAGAUAAUGAGGCUUACCAAUCACACCAUGGCUAUAGCUUCUUCGGUCCUGGACUGCGGCGCCAUAACACCACUCUUUUGGUUGUUCGAGGAACGUGAAAAAUUGUAUGAAUUUUCAGAACGAGCAUCGGGAGCUCGUCUGCAUGCCGCCUACGUUCGACCAGGAGGCGUGGCUUCAGAUAUACCACUGGGUUUUCUCCAUGAUCUAUACCAAUUUAUUAAGUAUUUUGGCGAUCGGUUGGAUGAAGUAGAGGAUGUCGUGACCGACAAUCGCAUCUGGCGUAUGCGUAAUAUUGGCAUUGGUGUUAUAUCAGCUCACGAUGCCUUGAAUUAUGGAUGCACUGGGCCCGUUCUCCGGGCCACUGGGAUUAAGUGGGAUCUGCGAAAGCAACAGCCAUAUGAUGCCUACGAUGAGAUCGAUUUCAAUGUGGCUGUUGGAUCGAAUGGUGAUUGCUAUGAUCGCUACUUGGUGCGAAUGCUCGAGAUGCGGGAAUCGGUGAAUAUUAUCAAGCAAUGCAUCGACUGUAUGCCACCGGGUGAGAUCAAGGUAGAUGACCUGAAGAUUUCCCCUCCAAGACGAGCCAAGAUGAAGGAGGGCAUGGAGGAUCUGAUCCACCAUUUCAAGCACUUCUCGCAGGGCUUCUAUGUACCACCGGGAGAGACAUAUACUGCCGUAGAGUCCCCAAAGGGGGAGUUUGGGGUGUAUCUCGUCUCUGAUGGUUCUACACGUCCUUAUCGCUGCAAGAUCCGUCCUGCUUCCUAUGCUCAUCUCGCUCUCAUGGCCAAAUUGGCACCUGGACAUUUUUUGGCCGAUGUUGUGGCUAUUAUAGGAUCGUUAGAUAUCGUCUUUGGCGAAAUCGAUCGUUAGGCAGAGGUUUGAAAUUUGGAUUGACUUUGUUGUAUCCGAUUAUCUGUAUUUAAGAACCAAGAAAUGUCUACCAAAUAAAA